ACUCGAUCGCCACAAUAUCUAGCAAGCUAUCUGCUGCGGAGAAGCCCAACCAUCUGAUCGCCCCAGCACAAAGAUGUCAGGUGGGAUGCGCUUAAGCUUCGUGCAGCUGUUCGCCGCGGUUCUCGUGUUCUGCUUCGCGCCCGCCAAGUCCGGCUACUGGCUCCCGGCCCAUGCCACGUUCUACGGCGGCGCCGACGGAUCUGACACAAUGGGUGGCGCGUGUGGGUACGAGAACUUGUACAACGCGGGGUACGGGAUCAACAACGCCGCGCUAAGCACGGCGCUGUUCAACAAUGGCUUGUCGUGCGGACAGUGCUACCUCAUCACGUGCGACACCAGCAGGUCAGACAUGUGCAAGCCCGGCACGUCCAUCACCGUGUCCGCCACCAACUUCUGCCCUCCCAACUGGGCUCUCCCCAGCGACAAUGGCGGGUGGUGCAACCCACCUCGUGUCCACUUCGACAUGUCCCAGCCUGCUUGGGAGAACCUCGCCAUCUACCGCGCCGGCAUCGUCCCCGUCCUCUACCAGCAGGUUGCGUGCCAGAGGCAGGGCGGCCUACGCUUCACCAUCAACGGCUUCAAUUACUUCGAGCUCGUGCUAGUGACCAACAUCGCCAUGAGCGGGUCGAUUAAGAGCAUGUCUGUGAAGGGAACAAACACGGCAUGGAUCCCCAUGUCCCAGAACUGGGGCGCUAACUGGCACUGCCUAGCCGGGCUGACAGGACAGGCGCUCAGCUUCGCCAUCACCUCCUCCGGCGGCCAGUACAAGGUCUUUCAGGACGUGGUACCGGCCUGGUGGCUGUUCGGACAGACCUUCACCACCUGGCAACAGUUCGACUACUAGCUAUAACAUUGUAUAAUUUGUACUUACUAUUAUCAGUUCGCUUCGUUCAGACCGAACAAGCAUGGAACUGUCCACACGCAUAUACAUUAUUCCCUUUUGAUUGUUCAGUUUGUUGCCCAUCGAGUCAGGGGAGCCAGGGCCAAUAGAAGAGAUAAAAGGUUGGAGGGGGCCAAAUAUAUAAACGGAUAAACCUAAAGCA